AUGGACGAUGCCUACAGCGACGAGCUUCUCGCGCAACUCCGCAGGAGGUCGACAUUUGGCGCGUUCGUCAGUAGGAGUGAAUUCCAAUCGAGGAGCAGUUCGUCGGGAGGAGACAGUCUGGAUAGGUCAGAGACACUACCCAGCAAGCAGCUCCGCGACGAAGUCGGUAAUACAGCGCCGCACUUGUUCAGCGAGUAUCCGGAAUAUGCCCCUUCAGUGCAGGCAAUUCUUGAGACAGAAAUGCCGGCCGUGCAGAAGAUCUCUAAAAUUGCAGCGGAGAUUCUGCGCACGGACGGAUCUCCAGAUCCCACCGUGCAGAUUCUGGGCAAGGCAAGCAUUAAAGAAGAGCACACCUUCAGCGAUGACCCAGAACAUACGGCGGAAACCCCAGAGAUUUCUGAGGUAGAAGCGGUACCAGAGUGCACAAACGAACCUGAAGAAUCGGAUGUUGAAGGUUCGGAUAUCCUCUCUGCUGACGAAACGCUCGAAGACCUAAAAGGUGCGCCGAAAGAGCCGGAGACCGAUGGCAUAGAUUCGAAAGUUGAUGACCUCAAUAAAGCCAAAAUUAAAGAGAAGGACGCCUCUAGCGACUGCCCCAAACUUGUGCCAGACGAGUCGGGGACUUCUGAUAUAGCAACGCCGGUGGUACAGGAGGACUUUGAGCAAGACGCCGACGCUGGAGCCACGGUCGAUCGGACAAAUCCUAACAUUGAAAAUCCAGAUAACGCUAUUGUGGAAGAAACGCAUAUGUCAGGUCGAAAGCCGACUCAUGAUCAAGAACCAACUACAGACCUGUCACCCACUUCAGACCAGGAUCCAACUUUAGACCAGGAUCCAACUUCAGACCUGGAAUCAAGUUCAAAACUGGAAUCAACUCCAGAACAAGAUACCGCUCUAGACCAACAUCCAGCUACAUUUCAAGAAUUGGCCCAAUAUCAGGAAUCCUCUCCAGAUCGAGAAACCACUUCAGAUUCAAAAUUCACUUCGAAUCAAGAAUUCACGCUAAAUCAAGUUUUCACCUUGAUUGAAGAACUUACUUCGAUACAAGAAUCAGUUACAAGCCAAGAACCUACUCCGAGUCAGGAAUUAGUAACAAACCAUGGACCAAACCCGGAUGUAGAAUCAGCCUUAGAUCAGAGGCGGUUCCCAGAUCAUGACCCCACUCCAGAUUCUGAAUCAGGUUCAGAUCUUGAACCAAUGCCUGAUCAAGCAUCCGCCAUAUAUCACAAGCCAACUCUAGAUGAGUCCUAUGAGUCAAUCAUCUGCAAGCACGCUCUCAAGAGCGCCUUCAAGCGCUUCCAUAAGAUCGUUCAUGAACUCGCCAUCCAGGAUACCAUCAAGAGCAUCAUCAAGUGCUUCUUUCACCUCGAUUCCGAACACACCUCAAACGCCAUCGAGAAUACCAUCAAGAACGCCUUCACAGGCGUCUUUGAGAUCUUCUGCAAACGCAAAUGUGCGCCCAGGCAUACAUUCAAGAACACCCUCAAGUGUGUCCAUGGACAUGCACUCAAGACCGCCUUCUAUCACGUCUUUGAUAUCACCAACGGCAUUUGCAGAAGCACCCUCCAGAACACCUUCGAGGAUACCUGUCUUGCCACCUGCGAUACCGCUUAUGACUAG